CGUUUCCGGGCGGGCGGCGCGGCGCGGCGUGGCGCGGCGCGAUGGUGCUGCUGGAGAGCGAGCAGUUCCUCACAGAGCUUACAAGACUCUUUCAGAAGUGCAGAACUUCGGGCAGUGUUUUCAUAACACUGAAGAAAUAUGACGGUCGAACAAAACCAGUCCCACGUAAAGGCCAUGUAGAAAGUUUUGAACCAGCAGACAAUAAGUGUCUUCUAAGAGCAACUGAUGGAAAGAAGAAAAUUAGUACAGUGGUGAGCUCAAAGGAAGUAAAUAAAUUCCAGAUGGCAUACUCAAAUUUGCUGAGAGCUAACAUGGAUGGCUUGAAGAAGAAAGACAAGAAAAGCAAAAACAAGAAGAGUAAAGCAACGCAGUGAUGGAACAGUGACCUACUAUCACUUUAACAGACCAGACCCUUGCUCAAAGCAAAGUCCAUUUCCUUUUGAGUUACUUGUCUUUGGCUUUCCUUCCAGCAGGAUACUGGGAUGUGAUCAGUACUUGUGUUUAAACUGAAAGCCAAAAGUGCUUUCUGUGGAUUGCUGUAUGGCAGGAGUAUUUAUUUACAGGGUUAUACUGAAAUAGCUUUACACUCAACUGCCAACUAGUUUUGUACUUACACUGCUGUUUGUUUUGUAUUAUACAAAUAGGCAGUGUAAAACCCAUUUGGGGAGUAAUACAGGGUGAAGAGAAAUGCACGAUAACAUGAGCAAAGUGACGCUAAAAUUGGAGUCUCAGUGACAGUUGCCCAAUUUUAUAGAUAAGCCUCAGUAAUACCAGGGAGAGUGGGUGCCAACAUAUUAUCAGGAACAGCAGCUUUCCUGUUUAUAUCUUACUUUGAGGCACAUGUCUACAUGAUGCAGUGCAGAUAUCCAUAAGGUAGUAUGGUGCCUGAGCUCUCACAGAGCUAAUCAGCUGUGUCUUUACUCCAUGCUGAUAAGAGCUCUGCUGAGUGUAGCGUGGGUUGGGGGAGGGCAGGACUCUGCACCAUGUUCCAUUUAGACAUGCUUAAAACUGCUCAUGUCAACAGAACUUUUUUUUUUUAAAAAAAAAGCUUCAUCCUUCAACAUAUUCAGGGAUCUGAUUUCCCCAUACUUCACAUCUUAAAGUAGUAGCGUCUUCAUAGAAGCAGAUGUAAAAGCUGAAUAUUUAAUAAUUGUUCCUAUUAAACACAAUGAGAAAUGGA